AUGUCGGCACUGAUGGAGGAGAAAUCUGGGUCGCCCGAAGACGACGGUCAGCCUAUUCAGUCACCUCAGACUGAAAAGGUCGAUCAGAACACCGGGGCACCACUGCCAGCUCCAGCACAACAUCUGGUGAUGAGAGAUGGCGUCCGCCUGCAUCCACAACCGACAAGUGAUCCUUUAGAUCCUCUCAAUUGGAGCAGCUUUCAAAAGCACUCGAUCCUCGCCAUCAUCAUGUUGAAAUACUUCUUGUUCACCUACCUGACCACAACCACAGUCGCCAGCUUUCCGGAACUGCAGGAACAGUUCAAUAUUUCCUAUUCCCAAGUGAACUGGACAGUCGCUAUUCCAGCACUCGGUCUGGCUGUUGGUCCUCUAAUAUUCUCAUCCCUCGCUGAUAUCUUUGGCCGUCGAAUUGUGUUCAUCUUCGGAACGUUGAUGGCUUUUGGUGCCACCAUCGGCGCCGCCAAAGCACCCAACUAUGGAGGCUAUAUGGCUGCGCGUUUCUUUCAAGGCUUUGGAGUUUCCCCAGCGUCGACCGUGGGUCUUGCUGCAAUCAACGACAUGUUCUACGAGCACCAACGAGGCCAGAAAACUGGGUUAUGGGUUUUGGCAAUCGACAGCGGCUUGCUCGUCGGCCCAAUCAUUGGUGGUUUUAUUAACAUCGUCUCCCCGGCCUGGGUUCAGUGGCUGACAGCCAUCUUCUUCGGCGUGUUGCUCAUCCUCGAGAUCUUGUUCAUGCCGGAGACACUCUAUCCUCGCAACCAUAUGCUGUCCCAGCUCCCUAUGGCAACGGCAUCCGAGGAAUCAGGAGUGGAUAUCGAGAAAGUCGGUCGCAGACGUAGCGACGCUUCAUCCGUCGGCCUUCCUCGCACCAAGAAGCUUCCGUUCCUCAACUGCAAGCCAGUCCCGGGCAUGCGUCAUCCAGCCGUCUACGGCGAGCUGUUUCGCUUCGCGAUAACAGCCAAGUUUCUGGCAGCAUCCCUCGCCAUCUUCAUAUACUGCUUCACGUGGUAUUGGUGGGUUCUCAGCGUCAUCACCAUGCUGCCAGCUGCAUAUCCCAACUACAAACCGCAGAUCCAAGGUCUUCUGUUCAUUGGCCUGCUUCUAGGCACUCUGUUUGCCGAAGUCUUCCUAGGAGGUCAUCUCAGCGACAUUGUCUGUGCUCGUCUGGCUAAACGCAAUGGCGGCGUGCGAGUUCCUGAGAUGCGUCUCUGGCUCAUUUAUCCCGCCGGCCUACUCAGCUCGAUCGGCUUGAUCGUUUGGGGCAUCAGUGUCGACAAAAGCUACCACUGGAUAGUCGGGCAGGUUGCGCUCUUCCUGUUCGCAGCGGGUAUCCAAAUGGGCAACACUGUGAUUUGUGCGUAUAUUGUGGAUUGCUAUCCAUUGCAAAGCAUGAGUAUGGUUACAUUCUAUGCCGUUUUGCUCAACAUGUCGGCAUUUGCCGAUCCGUUUUUCAUCGCUCCUUGGCAAGCAGGUUCAGGCUGGACCUGGUGCUUCGCCGCCCAAGGCAUUAUCGUGUUUUUCGGAGCCAUGCCUGCUUUUGGGCUGUUGCAUUGGUUUGGUCCGACAAUAAGAGCUAAAACAGGCACACCGUCCUGGGUCAAUCCAGAGUUUGAUACCUUGUUGUAG